UCCUCCUGGCCAUGUGAAAAACAAAAACCCUUUUCUCAUAUCACCUGAAACAACCCUUCCUCCAGACGUCCUUCCCUUAAAUUUACAUAUAUUCCCUCCUCAACCAACUCUCGUAUUCAUCAAUAAUUAUUCAACAUCUGUUCUUUUUUUCCUACCGUCUUUAUUCAUUCAGGGUUGUUUAAAGAAAGUGUUUCUGAUGGUUUUGUUGCCGCAAGUGUCGUUAUAUUGCGGAAGCUAGGUUUGUGAGUUUUAGUACUGCUAAGUCGGUAUGUAUAAUAAUCAGAGGAAUAAUCAUGGGAACUAUCAGCAUUUUGGGCAGCGCUUGCCACCUCCCCCGUUACAACAACCGGGCCCUCAAUCGUAUGGACCACCUGUUUCGAUUCCUCCCAAUCAAUCUUACUUGAUUCCACCUCCCCCGUUGCAGAACCCUAACUGGGGUCAAAAUCGACAUGUUUCACAGCCAAUGCCACUGCCAGGACACCAUCUAACUCCAAGAAUACCGCCACCACAUCCACACGGACAGCAAUUUUAUCGAGUACCGCCACCAUUACCUCCUCCAGUGACUUCAAGUUACUUCGCGCCUGCUUCGUUUGGGUCAUUCGCUCCACCGCCACCUCCACCAGUUUCCACUCCUCCUGGGCCUCCACCUCUUCCACCUUCUUCACCAUCUGUCAAUAGAAAAACUCAUGUGUAUGGUAAUGAGAUGAGUGCUAACGAUAUGCGUGUCACAAAUAUUGUAUCUGAUAUUCCUCCGCCACCACCUAAGCCGAAGGACGAGAACACUGUUAGAAAGAUUGAAGUUUUGUGUCAGUAUAUUGCUAAGAAUGGUAACAAAUUUGAAGACAUGACCCGCCAAAAAGAGAUCGGUAAUCCGGAGUUCGAAUUCUUGUUUGGAGGAGAGCCUGGAAGUGAAGCGGAGAUUUCACAUGAAUAUUAUAAAUGGAUGAAAAAGAAAUGUGGUUCAAGUGAAUUCCGUGAAGGUGGGCAUAACAAGGAUUUAUCUUUAGAACUGUCAGGGGUCGGCUCUUUCAUGCAACCCAAUAGCACACUGCAUGAUAACAUAUUGCAUUCCCCUGCUUGUUCUGACAUGGAUAUGGAUGAUGAUAUUACACAGCACGAGGAGCCAAGUAUCGGUAUAUUGCUUGAGGGUUCCAAACAUGAACCUUCUGUUAUAUCCAACGAAGUUGAGUUAAAAGCAGGACAUGCGUGUGAUUCAGAACAUAUAUCACACAAGGAUGCAUGUGUUGAAUCUUCAGUAGGUAUUGAACAAGUAGGGGCCAUUGUCUCUCAGGAUGAUAUGCAGUUUGAGAAGUCAACUGUGAAGGUUGAUGCUGCAGAUUCUGAACGGUCUUUAGUCAAUAAAGCAGAACAAAGCAACGUAAAUCUUCCUCAAAAGAUGAACCAAUCAGAGCAGAGCCCAUUUAAGCUUAUACAAGGUUAUGCUUCAGAUGAUGGCUCCAAAAGUGAUAAUGAACCACAUUUUGAAAACAUUAGUCCUGAAGCAGUUUCGCCACACUUCAAAGAAAAUGAUAUAGAAUCUAAGAAUGCUUCUGAGCUUGCCAAGGAAUCGGUGCCAUUAUUUAUAAAUCUAGCGUCAAAAGUUCCAGAACCUUCCACAAAGACAGAAGAUUUGGAGAACAGAGUUGAUAAACAAAAUGAUCUUUUGCGUGGUGAUGAUGGCAUUGCGGAUCCUAAUUUUGGUCGGGAUCAAAAGGAAGGUAGUAAUGUUAAAUUAGAAGUGGACGAGUUUGGGAGAAUGGUAAAGAAAGGUGGUAAGGGAAGUGAUUCUGAUGAUUAUAUUACCAGGAGGCGUGGUAAAAGAGGUAGAAGUAGGAGUCGAUCUCCUAAUAGUAGGCGGAGGAGAAGUCCACGAAGGAGGAGGGAUAGACGUAGUCGCUCACGCGAUAGACGUAGUCGGUCACACAGUCGGUCCCCCAUCAAAAGAAGCGGGAGCAGGUCUCCUUAUAGAAGGAAUAGAAGUUAUCAACAAGUUUGUUUAGAUCAUCGCCGAGGCAUGUGUCAUCGUCCUGCUUGUCGGUACAUUCAUGAACCUGAUACGAGUGAGGAAUCCCGGCGUCAUAGAAACAGGCAGCGGCAUUAUGAGGAAUCUGAUAGAUUAAAAUUUUCAGAUAAGUUAUUGCCUGAGAAAAAUGAAGUCAGUAGCCCAGAAAUGCGGCUUUAUCAAGAUGUUUCUAGAAGUGGUGACAAGGCCAAUGAAGAGUUUCGGGAGCCCUCGGUUCACUCUACUGAAGUGGCAGGUGGUCAUGAAACAUUGGAUGCUAACAAGUCGGUAAGUAAUGUUCCUUCACAUCCUGCUGCUGCAGAAAAUUAUCCUCUGCAUCCAUCAUUUGUUGAACACCCUCCGCUAUCUACUUUACCUCAACCUGCUACCACGUGGAACACUUUGCCACCACCACCGCCAAAUCACCAAGUUGGUGGUCCCAUGCCACAAUAUCAAAUGCCUUUUCAAGCUAACUAUCCUUUGCAGCCCCUUGUCACACCCUAUGGGUCUGGAAUGUCUGCUCCUGUAGGGGUAUAUUCAAUGAACUACCCAAUCCUCCAACGGCCUGGACGUCCCAUGAAUUAUGGUGAACAGACUCCGGCACAAUUUUCAGCACCAAGUUUAAUUUCUUCAAAUUCUAGGGAACCGCCACCAGGUUUAAUACAACCAUCCUCAGCUGAAAACAUACCUCCAUCUUCUGAAGGACAUGUUUCUAGUAUUCCUGAUUUUGGCCAGUCUAGAAUCACGAGUCACUACAAUCCUUAUGCAUCUACAUUUGAUAACCCACUGACUACCAACUUUAGUUCUGGUCCUGUUAAUCAAGAUACAGCAACAUCUUACAAAUAUGGUCCUUCAUUCAGUCAGAAUAACAUACCUGCUGAGGGGCAAAUGGGUAAUUUUGCACCUAAUCUACUUAUGCCCGGAGGUGGUCAAUAUGAUCCACUGUUUGACAGUGUCGAUCCAUCGUCUAACUCUUUAAGGAAAAGUGAUCAUGGUAAUAAAGAGGCUGUAAUUGAAGAAAAUGAUGAGUUUGGUGAGACAGCCGAUGCUGAGGUGGGUGCUGUGGAAAAUGACAGUCCUAGCCCUAGUUCUCCAAUUGAUUUACGUGAUGUGGCUACUGGGGAUGUUGAGAUUGAUCAAGUGAAAACCAAGAAGAGCAAAGAUUCUAGAUCAAUGAAACUUUUUAAAGUUUCUGUUGCUGAGUUUGUGAAGGAGGUUUUAAAACCGUCAUGGCGACAAGGUAAUAUGAGUAAAGAGGCCUUUAAGACAAUUGUUAAAAAGACUGUCGAUAAAGUGUCGGGAGCUAUGAAGAAACACCAAGUACCCAAAACACAGGCGAAGAUCAAUCAUUAUAUUGACUCAUCUCAAAGAAAGCUGACAAAGCUUGUAAUGGGUUAUGUUGACAAAUAUGUGAAGGUGUAGUAGAAGCUUGUGAUUUGCGGUGUAACAUUGGGAUUUGCAUCUUACCAUGAAACUUUUGCUAUGUUUGUAGAACUAUGAGAAUCAAAUCACAAUGAAGGUAUCUGAAUAUUGGAUAUGACAUAACUUCAGGCCUCAACUGAGUUGUAUGCAAUCUCCAAAGCAUCGUGUUUGUUGGUUAGUGGUUCGAAUUCUAGCAGUGACAUCCAAGCGGACAGUAUGCUGGCGGUUGGAACCCGAAGACACCUCUGAAGACCAAGGGUGCGAUAACACCUUAGUGCUUUAUGGUAAUUUAUAUAGUUAUGUUGAUGAGGAGAAAGCAUGGCCUAUUGAAAGCCUGAAAAGGUAUAUAGUCGAAAAUGAUUUUGCAUGUGGCUUUCAACUUCUAAUAAGAAUAUUUCUAGGUC